CAAAGAGCCAUCAUCGCGGUUAUGACAGUAGAAACUAGCUAAAUGAAAUAAAUACGCUGUAAAAUCUUGUUGUAGUUCACCACCACUGUUUUGAUGUAUUUUGUACUUUAUUCUUUGUUGACUUUUUUAUCGACAUGUCACUGUUUGGUCGAGAAGGAUGAGACGAAGGAGAACCACUGUGGUCUUCUAAAGCAGUGGCUUGAAUCCUCACUAGUUUCAGUGGAGAUCAUCAAGAAGGGUUUUCACAGGGAGGUGGUAACAACUGUCGAGCUCAGCCCUGAUGUGUCCAGAGGGGUCAGGGUUUUGCUGGUUCAUACAUGGCCCAGAGGUGUCUAUGUUGAUCCAUACCAGCUGGCAUCCCUGAGUGGGCGAAGUAAUUGGCAGAUAUUACUAGAUUCAGCCAUCGACCUCGAGCUGCCUGCUCACAAGACUGCAGGGUUUGUCACCUAUGUGUAUCCCACCCUUGAUGGACCAAAUCCCAGACUGCUUAAAGUCACAAUUCCAAUACACGGUCGCUACCAUGAGCCUUCUUUUGUUGGCGAAACAUUUACAUCUGUGGACAUAGAACCUCCAGAGCUGCUGCUGCGGACUGAAAAAUGUACACAGCUCAACAACCUCGGGCCUCAUACUGUCAUGGACGCCCCCUGCACCCAUGACAAUUCAAGCACAUGUCAGUGGGUUAAACUCCAGCCUCAGCAGGAGCGAGGCCCCGUGGGUUUACAGUUUCCUGUUGGUGAAGGGUCUUUGGUGACGCCUGUGUGCGGUGGAACUCUUCUUGUCACAGUGCUCUGCUGUGCGGCACUGUCCAGAUACAUAUGGAAACAUCGCAUCAUUUAAACAAUGACUCUCAACAUAUCGUGUGUUAAACAACUCACGAUUCUGUAACACUUCUGUUUGAUGCCAGGAUCGUUCCAGCAUCACUAUGAUCAAGGUUUUUAACAUAAAACAUCAAAAGGAAAUAAAAAAUAGGAACGAUUUAAUCUGAGAAAUGCAACCUCUGAUGAGACACAAACAGAACAAGUCUAUUUUAUUCUAUUUUUUAUUUAUUUAGGUUACAAAAUUGAGGAUGUUCAAGGUUUUACUCUGUGAAGUAAUCCAGAUAAUUCAGUUGAACAGGUUCCUGGAAUAGGGGCAUAGCCCAGAGCAUACUUAAGCUUGAAACACUUAACUCAUUAAUGUCUGCGACCAGUGAUCAUUUUACCAGGAUGUCCUUUAUCCCAAGUGCAAACAUUUACACUCUAAAUAAUAAUAUCUGCUCUCUCCACCUGCUGAUUUUUGUCUUCUUGAACCAAAGAUACUGUAUUUUUUGCUGUAUUGUGUUAUAACUCUGAAAGCAUGAUUGCAGUGUCAUGAGGCUACCGUGCAUAUGAAUGCAGCAGCACAGAUAAGAUGGUUAAAAGAUGCUUGUCUGAUACCCAACCCCAGAGCACUUCCUGCAGAGUGUGUAGACUGAGCACAAUAUGUCGACUGAUGUAGACAGUUGGUGUAAAAAAAUAAAACAAGGGCAAACUUUGUUUUCAUUUUA